AUGAAUUUAACAGAAGAGAAGAAAGCACCAUUACGUAAACGAGAUAUUACAUUAAAAAGAUCUAUGUUAGCUAUGCAUUAUAAAGGCGCCUCAAAGUUAAAAUUUGUUUUUUUUUUGUUUUUUCAGCCAAAAGGCGAUACAGACACACCUCAAGAUUUUAUUAAUGAAUUAUCUAAUGCUGAUUUAAAGGGAGAAAAACGAUUAAGAGUUUUAGAAUCUUUAAGAGUUUCUUUAACUAGUAAUCCUGUCAGUUGGAUUCAAGAUUUUGGUGAAAAAGGUUUCAAUGGAAUUUUAAGAAAUUUAACAUACUGCUGUGAUUCUAAAUCAGAUAGAAGAAGUACAUAUGAAUGUGUACGAUGUUUAAAAGCUUAUAUGAAUAAUAAGUAUGGUUUAUUACAAAUCUUAAAUCACGAAGAGGCAUUGAUAAUAUUAUCACGAACUAUAGAUCCGUCUGAUCCUGCCACUAUGUUAGAGGCUGUACGAUUAUUAGCUGCUAUCUGUUUAGUACCACCUAAUGGACAAGAGAAGGCAUUAGAAGGUAUAACAGUAUGUGGUGAAAUACGAAGUCAAGAUAGAUUUAUACCUAUUAUAAUGGGACUGGGUAUGAGAGACAAUAUAGCUAUGCAGGUAGCCUGUAUGCAGUUGGUAAAUGCUAUAGUCAGUACACCAGAAGAUCUAGAUUUUAGAUUACAUUUACGUAAUGAAUUUAUGAGAACAGGAUUAAACCAACUACUACCUACACUAGACCAGUUCGAUGAUAAUGAAUUAAAAACCCAUGUAGAUAUUUUUAACGCACAUAAAGAAGAAGAUCAUGAAGAAUUUUCACAUCGUUAUGAUAAUAUUAGAUUAGAAUUAGAAUAUCCUUUUUACUUUAAUAAUCACUGGCUUUGGCAUGUUGUUGGUACUAUUGGUAAUACGAUAGCAGAACCGUAUUUUUUAUCAAUAUUACAACAUUUACUAUCUAUUAGAGAUGAUAUAUAUUCUAGACCUCAGUAUUAUAAAUUAAUAGAAGAAUGUGUUACACAGAUCGUUUUACAUCGGAGUGGUGUGGACCCUGAUUUUAGAGCUACACAAAGAUUUGAAAUAGAUGUAGAACCAUUAUUAAGUAAUUUAACAGAGAAGUCAAAAUUCGAAGAUUCUGAAAGUGCAAUAGAUAAUGCUAAAUUCCAUGAAGCUUUGACAGCUAAACAGGAAGCUGAAGCAAAAGCUGCUGGGUUUGAGGAAAAAAUCAAAGCUUUAGAACAAGAAAACCAGCAAUUAAAACAAAAAGUAAGUGGACCUCCUCCCCCUCCUCCUCCUCCUGGACCAGGUGGUGGUCCUCCCCCUCCCCCUCCUCCACCAUUUCCUGGUGGUGGUGGACCUCCUCCCCCACCUCCUCCUCCCUUCCCUGGUGGUGGUGUUCCCCCUCCACCUCCUUUCCCAGGAGGUCCUCCUGCACCUCCUCCUCCACCUGGUAUGGGUGGUCCUCCACCACCUCCUGGAUUCAUGAGUCCACCAGGUGCCCCCUCUCCUCCUACUAAUGUCUUACCUUUUGGAAUGACCAUGAAGAAAAAAUAUAGCACCAACACACAGACUAAAAGAUUAAAUUGGAAUAAGGUAAAUGUAAGAAAUCUAGAUAAAGAAUCAUUAUGGGUUAAAAUAGAUGAAACUGAAUUAGAAUCAGAUGAUUUAUUGAAAGGAUUAGAAGAACAGUUUGCUGUUAAAGCACCACCUAAGAAAGAAACAGAUGGUGAAGAAACUAAAAAACCUGCCAGGAAAGUGAAAGAGUUAAAAGUUCUGGAUGGCAAAAUGGGACAAAACUUAUCUAUAUUUUUGGGUUCUAUAAAAGUACCAUAUGCAGAAAUGAAGCGGCGUAUAUUAGCUAUGGAUGAAGAAUCACUAUCUGCUACAGUUGUAGAACAGUUGAUUAAGUUUAUGCCAACACCAGAAGAAAUGAAUAAGAUAGCAGGCCUACAGGAUGAUUAUAAAGAUCUAGCUGAGGCAGAACAGUUCUGUGUUACGAUGUCUAAAAUAAAAAGAAUAACACCUAGACUAAACUCUAUGUUAUUUAAAAUGAGAUUUCCUGAGUUAGUGGCUGAUAUUAAACCUGAUUUAGUAGCAGGAACUGAAGCCUGUGAUCAAGUUAUUAAAAGUAAAAAGUUUGCUAAAUUAAUGGAGUUGAUCUUGUUGGUAGGAAAUUAUUUAAAUGCUGGUUCCAGAAAUGCUCAAACUGUUGGUUUCGAUGUUAGCUUUUUAACAAAAUUGGGUAAUACAAAAUCACAAGAUGGUAAAACAACACUGAUGCAUUUCUUAGCUGAAAUGGUGGACAAAAAAUACCCUGAUAUAGCUGGUUUUAUAGAUGAAUUAACUUAUACUGAUAAAGCUGCAAGAGUUUCUGAUGAACAAAUUAAUAAAAAUUUGAAAGGGAUGGAAACUCAGCUAAAACAACUAGAAACAGAUUUAAAAAUAGCCCAGAAACAACCGGCUUUUAUAUCGUCUGCUCAGGAUCAGUAUGAUGUAUUGAACAACAUGUAUAAAAAAUUAGACAGCUUAUUUACGGACCUCUCUAAAUAUUUAACAUUCGAUAAUAAAAAAUACUCACUGGAAGAUUUCUUUGGUGAUUUGAAGGCAUUUAAAGAUGGCUUUUUGAAUGCCCAGAAAGAGAAUACUAAGAUACAAGAGACUCAAGAGAAGAUAAGAAGAGCUAAAGAGAUACGCGAGAAGGCAGAAAGAGAAAAGAAAGAUAAGAAAGCUAGACAGAAAGCAUUGUUAGAUAUGACUACAGAUGAUGACCAAGAGGGUGUUAUGGAUAAUCUAUUAGAAGCUCUGAAGACAGGUUCAGCGUUUAGUGUUAACAGAGAAAAACGUGAUAAACGCACCAAAACACCUAGAGCUGCCGGAGGUUAG